AUGCGCCGUUUCCUUGUUGCCGUUCUCGUCGUGGUGCUUCUUGCGUGCAGCGUGUCGGCUGUACGGGUGGAGGGCCCGCCGCCACACGGGCCGAGGUUCCACGGGCGCCGCAGUGGUGAGGGCCGCAGUCGGCUUGUUCAAGGGGAGCCGCGGAGGUACGCGAUGCUCUCCGGAUGCCGGGGGGAGAUGAGCCGCGUCUGCGCGUAUCCUUACGAUGGCUCCGCCGAGGACUGGUGGAAGUGCAUUUACGCAAAUGCGGACAAGCUCAAAAGUGCCCCCUGCCGGGAGUACGCGAAGGGCAUGAUGGCCUGCAGGAACGCCGCCAUGUCACUCUGCGCCAGAGACGGCCAGAGCCCGCGCGCGCAGCUGCGGUGCCUGUUAAGCCGCCCCGAGGCCUCUCUCCCCACCGACUGCAGUGCGUCCAGCUACUACAAGCAGCACUUGGCCUUCUUCCGCAGGCACCACCCUUCCGCCGGAGAAGGCGACGCCCUGCGGAGGUAG